AGGAAAACGGUAGUGCCUUGCCUAGUGUGUGCCUCUCCCCAGGGCCGUGUGUGCGUGUGUGGAUGCGUUGAGUGCGUGUGAGUGCGUAGCUUGUGCGUGGCGAAUGAAUGAGGUGGCGUCGUGGGGGAGAGUGGUGUGUGUGUGUGUGUGUGUGUGUGUGUACAUCGAUGAACCUGUGUGUGUGUGUGUGUGUGUGUGUGUGUGUGUCAGGGUUGGUCAAAAGUGGCGGCGACUGGGUGGCUACUGAUGCCCUUGUCUUCGCUCUGUGUCACAAUUCAGCGUUCAGACGGCUGUGGCGGUGCCCAGGGGACGGCGUGGCGAACCCUUAGUGAUCCCAGGACCCAAGCGAGGCAGGGCGAGGAGCCACACACCAGGAGAUGAGGCGGGGGGCACUCACGCCUCUCUGUCUGGCUGCAGGAGUGCCCAAAGAUACCUCUUAGCACCCUGGUCACAUGCCCUGCGCGCACACACUCACACACACACACACACACACAGACGGUAAGGCAUCAGGUGUCGGUGAGAAGGAACCUGCAAUAGUGAGCGAAGGUGGGGGCCUGCGCCUGACCGCCACACAGAGAUCUACAGGUGGAGGAGGAGGAGGGAGCACGAGAGGCAGCAGCUGGGUGUGGAGUGACCAGUGAAGGCCUUGCUGGAGUAUGCCUGACGCAGCCCCGCCUUGCGAACAUUACUGAGGCAUGGCUGGCCGAGUGAUGGGCGGCUGUAAGUGGGCGUGGCGGUGCUGGUGGGUACUGACGGGGAUCGUGGUGACUUUGGGCGUGUGCCAGGCGUCCGUGGGCGUGUGGAUGGACGAUGGUAACGGCAGAACAAUCCUGGCUGACGAGCUAGACUCCCAAGAGGCGGCAGAGCUGGCGAGAGAUAUUCUGGACGUCUUGGACCUGCCCGCGCCGCCCAACUCACGAGGGCGGCACCACCACUACCCGCGCCUCGUCCACGCCCACGGCUCGGCCCCCACGUGGCUCAAGGGCAUCUACGAGGUCCAUGGGACGGAGCACGGCCACGCCGCCGCUACCAGAUGGGACGCCACGCACCGGGAGACUGUGACGGCGGCAGACACCAUCAUCACCUUCGUCAGUAGAGAACCCCCGAGCGGCAAGCCCCAGCACGGCGCCAACAGGAGGCUCUACUUCGAUGUGUCAGACGUCCCCCUCGACCACUCUAUCCUCGGGGCUGAGAUACGCGUGCACCGUUUCGCUGACCACCCCCAGCCCGUGCGCCUCCACGUGUACCUUAUUACGGACGAGGAAGGGAGUGAGUCUGAGGUGCAGCGCGUGGUGUUGCGGGAGUCGGGCUGGACCAGUGUCAACAUUACCACCUCCGUGCUGUCUUGGCUCAUCUUCCCGCACACCAACUUCGGUCUCCGCCUCGCCGUGACCUCCCUCGAGAAAAAGCACGAGCGGCGGUUCCACGAGGUCGGGUUGUCCGGCGCCUAUGACCAGGAGGACUUCAGGCCCUUCAUGGUGGGCUAUUUCGGGCUGCCGGAGUCUGUUUCCAAGAGAAGCAGACUCCGAACCAAGCGCUCUGUCGGUUCCCCGCCCCGCAGCAGCCGUCCACGAAGCUACAGAGAAGUCACAGACCGGGACGUCGACUUGGAUACUUGGUGUCGCCUGAAGCACCUGCACGUCUCCUUCCGCGACCUCGGCUGGGAGAACUGGGUCAUCGCUCCUGAAGGAUACGACGCCAACUACUGCGAGGGGCACUGUGUCUUCCCCCUGCACGCCAAGAUGAACGCCUCCAACCACGCCCUAGUGCAGACAUUAGUGAAGCUUGUCGAUGGAGUUCCUGACGAUGGCGAGCCCCCUCCUCAUGCCUGCUGCGCCCCUAUUGACCUGGCCACCAUCCCUGUCAUCUACGAGUCCCACGAACGCAAUAUUGUCCUGAAGAAGUACCCGAUGAUGAUUGUCAAGUCCUGCGGCUGUCAUUGAGGGUGCCAGAGCUUCAGGCGUUGUAGUGAUGUGCUGCAGUAGUAGUGGUCUGUAAUUAUGAUUUGUGUUUGUGGUUUUAUUAAUGUUUAGGUUUAAAAUACGCAACGGUAGCGUAUGGUUGAAAAGAUUGAUUGUUUUAGAUGAAAGUUAAUGGAGAGAGAGAGAGAGAGAGGAGAGAGAGAGAGAGAGAGAGAGAGAGAGAGAGAGAGAGAGAGAGAGGAGAGAGAGAGAGAGAGAGAGACUUUCAAUAAUUAUCUAGCUAAUACUACGCCACUUGCCUCGUACUGUUUACGCGUGUUUUGUAUAGCCUGCUUCUUUCUCCUUCCGUAAAAUGUAACGUUAACAGAAUGACUAAACAUAAACACUACUCAGUCUCUAUCAAUUUUUCUUAACGGGAUGACUAAACACUGAUAAUACUCGGCCUCUCCCUCCCUCGCUAUAAUGUAUAUACCUAGCAAUCUUCCAAGCCUUUUAUGUUACUUAUAAUAGCCAAGGUGUUAUUCCCUUUCACUGCCAUUUGGUUCAUCUUUCAUACGAACAUAACAUAAAGAAAUAAGGGAAGCUGCAAGAACCCCUCAGGCCAUCACGUGGCAGGUUCUGUAGUCAUUUUCUUAACCACUAACUAUUCUGAGACGUCUUUCCUUAUUCUGCAGCCACCCGCAAACAAUAUACUGGUUAGAAAUUGCCAAAUGUAUUCCCUUUAAUAUCCGUUUUCUUGUAGAUGCUUAUAAAUAUUUCACACGUUACUUCCGGUGCUGUGAAUUGUAGCGCUGGCAGUGAAGGGGUGACACAAUAUGGUGAAUGUCGCCGCGCAUAGCACUAUAUUUCUGUACGCUCCUAUAUAGUAGCCUCAUAGCUUACUGUAUAUCCUGGGAAAAUAAAAAUAUAUACACAAAUCA